CGUUUGACCUAAGUAAUGAAGGAUAUUGAACAAUUUACAGGGAGGGAGUCAGGUUCUGACUCAGAAUCUGGAGACAACAGUCAGAGUGGUAUUGACAAGAAAAAUACCGAACGGAAGUUGACUAACUUGAGGAAGAACAUCCGCGAGGUGAUGGACGAGAACCAGUUAGACGAAGCGACUUUGGCGGCUCAACGGCAGGAAAUGGAGAGGUUGCGGAGAGUACAGGAGCAGCAGAGAAUUAUCCGAGAGGUAAACCGACAAAUCAACCUGAACCGGCAGAACACCAAGACUCAGACUCGAGUGAUAUCACUCCUGCAAGGAGGGGGUGCUAGCCUGCUCAAGGCCAGUCCUCCUGGUACCUCUGCUAGCCCCAAAAGCACCUCUCCCAACACUGUUCUGGUCAAACUCAGCUCUGGUUCAGGCCCACCCCAGGUUGUCAACAAGAAGGUGUUGGAGAUUCUACGUAGUACCAAGAGUGCGGCCAGCACCAACACAGCAUCAAAGGCAUCUGCACUAGCCAACAAGCUGCUCAACAAACCUCAUAGCUUGACACCGUCCGUGUCCAUCGCUCCUGUGAAACCCGGCUUGACUAUCACCAAGAUGAGCAAGUCCGGGGAUGAUGACAAGGCAGUAGCCGCUACUAUUCGCAAGGUCUCAGGCAAAAAGGGUAAAGAUGUGGUGACAAUCUCAAGCAGCUCAAGUGACGAGGAUGACUGUAUCUUAAUCUCAGAACCGUCUGGAGGAGAGGAAGAAGAGGAAGAAGAAGAUCCCACUAACUCUGGGAUGCACACAAAUGAUCUCUACAACGUACCAGAUGACCAGGGCCGUGUACUCAUCAACGUUGGUCGACCUGAGAAUGAGCCAGACGUAUUCCUAGCUCCUCAGAUAGCUAGGAUCAUCAAACCUCACCAGAUUGGUGGUGUGAGAUUUUUGUUCGACAACGUUGUGGAAUCCCUGGAAAGGUUCAAAACUUCAUCAGGGUUUGGAUGUAUUCUCGCCCAUUCAAUGGGUCUUGGAAAGACACUUCAGGUGGUGUCCUUCUGUGAUGUAUUCCUACGGUAUACAGAAGGUAAAACCAUCCUUUGUAUCAUGCCCAUCAACACGCUACAGAAUUGGAUGGCUGAGUUUAAUAUGUGGCUACCCGUGGAACCGUCCAUGUCUCCGUUCUCACUGCAGGGGGAUGUGAAACCCCGGACCUUCCCUCUAUUCGUGCUCAAUGAUCUUCAAAAGUCCAUGGUUGCCAGAGCAAAGGUUGUGAUUCAGUGGGCCAAAGAAGGUGGAGUUUUGCUGAUUGGCUACGAAUUGUAUCGUCAGCUCAGCCUGCAGAAGCCCAGAAAAAGGCGGUGCAACAGCAAACGCAAAAUAAAUCCUGAUGACGACAUUGAUGAUGAGAAAAAUAAACAUCUCCUAGAAGAAAUGCAUGCAGCUCUGGUGAAACCAGGUCCAGACUUAGUAAUUUGUGAUGAGGGACACAGGAUAAAGAACAGUCAUGCUUCAAUAUCUCAAGCUCUGAAACAGAUCCGAAGUAAACGUAGAGUUGUUCUCACAGGCUACCCCCUCCAGAACAAUCUCCUUGAAUACUGGUGUAUGGUGGACUUUGUGAGACCAAACUACUUGGGCACAAAGACAGAGUUCAGCAACAUGUUUGAACGGCCAAUACAGAAUGGGCAGUGUAUCGACAGUACCCCUCAAGAUAUACGUCUGAUGCGUUACCGAGCCCACGUCCUGCACUCUCUGCUUGAGGGAUUUGUUCAGAGACGAAGCCACUCAGUAUUGACAAAUGCUCUGCCUCAGAAAGAAGAAUAUGUUAUUCUAGUACGAAUGACUACAUUUCAACGGAAGUUAUAUGAUACAUUUAUGAAUGAGGUUGUUCGAACGAAAGCUGUGCCAAAUCCUCUUAAAGCAUUUGCUGUUUGCUGUAAGAUUUGGAACCACCCGGAUGUCUUGUAUCACUUUCUCAAGCGCCGGAUGAUGGGAUCAGAAGCUGUAGACUUAGAUCUAGAGGAGACAGCUGGAGCCCUGGUUCCCCCCACCACUCCUGCAGGCACUAUAGUACCAGUGCUUCCAGUCAAGCGAGGUCGGGGACGAAGUCCCAAAGGAACCUCUCCAGUCAAGCGUGAACGGAAGGUCAACCCAAGAAAGCGAGGAGGAGCUGAUCAGGAAUCGCCUGCCAAGAGUCCUGUGGUAGCAGCUGUGAUGCCAAAUACAACAAACAGCAACCCACAGACUUCUGACUCAUCCACUUUACAGUCUCAUACAACUGUUCAGCCGCCCCAACAAGAUGUCAAGCCUCCACAACCCUUCCCACAGCAACCAGGCAACACUCAGUUCCGGCCAAAUUUCCCUUAUCCCAACAAUGGAAACAACCAGUUCCCUUCUCAGUAUCCUGGAAUGAACCAAAACUAUGGAAACCCAAAUUUUAAUCCUCAUCAGCAAGGUGACUUUGGAAUGCCCCCACCAUAUCCAGGCUUCCAAAAUCAACAAGGAUUCAACAAUCAGAACAUGUACUCAAACUUUGGAGGAAAUUAUUACUCUUCACAGCAAGACCAAUCAUUCGGCGGAGGAAAUUAUUGGAAUAACCCAUUUUUUAACAAUGAUCCCAACAAUCCUAGUAUGUUCCCAAACUAUAACGAUCCUGAUACUAACAACUCUAACUUCUACAAUCAAGACAUGAUGGGAUCUGACGGGUUUAGUGGUGGUCAUCGAGGGUACAACAGUGGAAUGGGUAUAAAUCGUCCAGGAAUGAGUGGUAUGAAUCCUCUUCAACAAGGAAGGAUGGGUAUGAAUAACUCUGGCCAUGGUAUGAUGGGAAUGAAUUCUGGAAUGGGAGGAAUGAAUAUGAAUAAUAUGAACUCAAUGGGUAUGCCAAUGAAUAAUAUGAAUCCCGGAAACAUGACCAUGAAUCAAAAUAAUUUUGGAAUGAAUUCAAUGGGAAUGAAUUCUCUUGGACAAGGUAAUUUGGGUAUGAAUUCUCAGAAUCAAUCUGGAAUGAAUAUUAGUCAGUCAAAUAUGAGCAUGGCCUCUCAAUCUCAAAGUAUGGGAAUGAAUACUCAGUCCCAAGGAAUGGGAAUGAAUCCUCCAUCUCAAGGUAUGGGUAUGAACUCUCAAUCGCAAGGCAUGGGAAUGAAUCAAAUGGGUGUUAUGGGAUCUCAGAAUCAUGGUACAAUAAAUAUGCCUCCAUCUCAGAGUCACAUGGGAAUGAACAAUCAAAAUGCAGGAUUAGGAAUGAAUAUGCCUGGAAUGUCUCAAAGCGGGAUGAGUCAAGUAAGUCAGAGCAACACAAUUAUUUCCCAAUCAAGCAUGAGUAGCCAGCAGAACUCCUCAUCCAGUAACUUGCAUACCAUGACUAGCUCCCAAGCAAACUUGAUUAACAGUUCCAACCAAAAUUCCAUGGAAAGUCAACAGCAAGCAGCAAUUGAAAACAUUGCAAACAAUCUGAUGAUGUCUACACAGCAAAGUAUGCAAGGAAGCCAAGGACUAUUAGGUGGUGGUGAUAACCACAACAGCGCCAAUAGUCAGACCAAUUUAUCAAACACUCAGAAUACUCAACAGUCCAGAGGAAAUUCUCAGAACUUAAUGAAUCCUCAACAUGAUUCUCAAAGUUUACUUGGGGACAGUUCCCUUAGUGUCCUUGGAAAUACUCAAAGCAUGCCUAACAAUCAUCAGAAUCUCAUGGGAGGAAUAUCAAAUCAAAACCAGAUGGGGGGUAUUCAAAGUAAUGUACAAAAUUCAGUUAGCUCUUCAGUAUCUCAAAACCCAUCCAUUACUUCUCAAUCCAACAUGAUAUCAUCUCCACAAAGUUCCCACAUGAUGUCAUCUUCACAGAGUUCUCACAUGAUGGCAAACAUGAUCACCAGCUCUCAAAGUUCCCAGAAUAUUUCUGGUCAACAUGGAUCUCAGAAUCCAGGGACUCUUGAUGGUCAGAACAUGCUUGGAAGCCAAUCAAACUCAACUGUGGCUAAUCAACAAAACAUCGAAAACAUACAAAAUCAACAGAACUUUUUUGGUAAUCAACCCAACUCCAGUAUGAAUAUGCAAAACCCUAUGUUUAGGAAUCAGCAAUCGAAUCAAAACAUGUUCAGUCAACAAAGUUCUUCAGCAAUGAUGGUAAGUUCACAACAAGGCAUGUUUGGAGGAAAUCAACAAGUGCCACAACAGAUUAUGGGAAGUUCUCAGAAUAAUAUGAUUAAUCCACAGAUAAUGUCAAAUCAGCAUAAUAUGCUUGGUGGACCUGGCAUGUCGGGUCUUGAUCAGACAAGUUCACAAGGUUUGUUAAACAAUCAACAAUCUCUUAGUGGAAAUCAACAAGGACUAAUGGGAAGUUCUCAAAAUCAAAAUAUGCUUGGUAAUCAAGAUUCUUCUCUAGCAAAUGCAAAUGCUCUUCAAAAUACAAUGAGCUCUCAAAAAACUUUAGGAAACUUAUCAGGAAAUCAAGACCCACAAAACAACCAACUCAACCAAAACAUGUAUGGAAAUCAGUCAAUGUCAAAUCCGAUGGGUAAUUUGCAGAAUAUGAUUAACAAUCAAAAUAUGAUGAGUUCUCAGAGUGGAUCUCAAAACGUAAUGCAAAACAAAUCUCAGAGCGAUUUAGGUAACAAUCAAGAUCCGAACAAUUCUUUAAUGGGUAUGAAUCAAAAUAUGAACCAAAUAUCUCAGCAGAAUAUGCAAGGUAAUCCGAGUGGAAUUAUGAUGAAUCAACAAGGUGGAAUAAAUGAUUCAGUCAUGGGUCAGGGUAUGCUUCCUAACCAACAACAUGGUACUGCCAAUCAACUAACAAAUUCUCUAAUGGACAACCAACAAAAUAUGUUUGGCAUGAAUUCCAAUCAAAUGAAUACAACCUCAUCUGGAUUUAUGAACAGUCAAAAUAUAAUGGGGCAUGGAAUGGGAAAUCCAUCUAUGAACAAUCAACCCAUGAUGGGUGGGUCUCAGAACAUGGGGAUGGUGAUGAAUACAUCUGGACAAGGAAUGUAUGGCAAUCAAAUGAACCCUCAUGAUAUGAUGAGUGCAUCAUCAAAUAUGAUGGGGAAUCAAAUGAACAAUCCUUCAUUUAAUCCCAAUCAAAUGGGCAACAGCAGCAUGAUGGGAAUGUACAAUCAACCAGGGAUGAUGAACUAUCCUGGAAUGAUGAUGGGCAAUCAAAUGAAUAAUUUUGGUAUGAUGAAUCAACAGAACAUGAACAGUCCAAAUAUGCUUAAUCAAAACCAAUCGUUUGGAAACAAUAUGAUGAGAAAUCCUUCUGCGAUGAUGGGCAUAAGAAAUCCACAGUCUGUUAGUGGACUAAAUCCUGACAUGAACCAAGCAAUGAUGGGCAACAACUUCUCAAACAACCAAAGUAACUUUGGAAUGUUUGGCAAUAAUAGUAUGAAUCCAAACAAUUUCAGCUCAAACCAAAAUAAUCAAGUUAGUAAAGCCUCUAGUUCAAGUUCUUUUCAAAGUGGCACUAUCAACAAUAGUAGGUUUAUGUCAGGAGGAGAAUUUCUUGCUGGAAAUAGUCAGUCAAACUCACAGGACACUGGAAAUUUAUCUCAAACUGCUUUUAACAAUGACUUUGUUAAUUAUGGUCUUAAUAAUGAUGACAGUAAAAUGUGGGAUGAUCUUGCGAGUAAAUGUUCGGACAAACCAGGAGAAACAAUAAAAUCAGAAAAAGACAGUAGUGUUGGUGAAAGUUGUGUGAAAAGUGAAACAGAUAUGUCAAGUCAAGAUGGUAAAUUAAAAACAGAAAGUGGUAGUUCUCUUCAUCAAACCAAUAAACCCAAAUCUGAAGAUGAUAAUGGCUGUGAUAAAAAAGAAGGAGAAGAAGCUAAAAAAGAGGACAUUAAAUCACCAAAAGGAGAGGGGACAGAAGGAGAAACAAAAGAUGUCAAGGAAGAUGUGACAGCAACUGGUGUUACUACAACAAAAACAUCCCGUGGUGAAGAUGCUGGCAUUCCAUAUGAUUGGGCCACAGAACUUUUGAAGGGCUAUGUUCCUGGAAAUAUUGAAGCGUCUGCUAAAAUGGCUCUGUUUUUUUGCAUUCUUGAAGAGUCAAUGUGCCUUGGUGAUAGGGUACUUGUAUUUUCACAAUCUUUGUUUACUUUGAAUCUUAUUGAAGAUUUUUUACAAAAAACUGAAUUGCCAGGAAGACAAGAGAAGUGGGCAAGAAACUGGAACUACUAUCGUCUCGAUGGAAGCACAAGUGCAAUGGAGAGGGAGAAGCUGAUCAAUGAGUUCAACUCCAAUCCAAACAUCCAUUUGUUCCUAGUUUCUACGCGUGCUGGUUCUCUGGGUAUCAAUCUAGUGGGAGCUAACCGGGUGGUGGUGCUGGAUGCUAGCUGGAAUCCUUGCCAUGACACACAGGCUGUCUGUAGAGUCUACAGGUACGGACAGCGCAAGCCCUGCUUUGUGUAUCGACUGGUGACAGAUAACUGUUUGGAGAAAAAGAUCUACGAUCGUCAGGUUAACAAGCAAGGAAUGGCCGACCGUGUGGUGGACGAGUGUAACCCGGACGCCCACCUCAGUAUCAAGGAAGUCACUAAUCUUUGCUGGGACAAUGAGGAGGACACAGAUGCUAAGGACUUCUCUGACAUCAAGGACAAGUACAUCGAUGUCGUCAUGCAAAAAUGUCUCGAGAAAUACAGUAAAUUUUUGUCCAAGGAACCGUUCCAACACGAGUCACUGCUGGUAGACCGCAAGGAUAAGAAAUUAUCACAGGCUGAGAAGAGACUAGCCAAGCGCAGCUACGAGUUGGAGAAGCAGGCUAAUAUCAACAACACGAGGCCCGUCUAUGGUUACUACCCUGGGAAUACUUCGGGUGUUGGCAGGGGGAACCCGUUGAUGAAGCCAAUGGCAAGUGUGCGGCCCAUGCAGUCAGAACUAAACAAUCAGUUGAUACGAGACGCCACUAGUGGUCGCCCACGUCAGUGGAUACCUGCUGAGGUCUGGCAGAAACAGGGCAUGAGUGCUCAGGAGAUGACACUGCCUCUGGAUGUGGUGAUUCCGACCAACUCACCCGAUCGGUCCUCCAUCGUUUUGAAGGCUGGGCAGAAGGUGAUGGUGUUGAAGUCACCUAAAGGCAUUUACAUGCAAUUGGAGAAUGGCAAGAUCAUUGCCAUCAGGACUGCCUUCAAGGUCGGUGGUAAGGGAGAUAAAAAGGGAGCAGCUGGAAAGGGAGAAGGCACUGAGGGUGGUGUUAAAAAAAUGGUGGUGCAGCCAACGAGACAGAGGGCACCGGCAAGUCUGUUACCACUUAGAAAUAACUCCAACAUCUCCAUCAUCCCACGAGGGAGUGGAGGGACGGGUCCUCGAGGACCCAACAAGCCACUCAUGCGGCUGCUGGGAGCAAACCGUGGUGGCAACAAGCAGCCGGUUGCUGCAACCAAACCUUACUUUGGCGAGGGUUCAGCUCACCCCCCUGUCACAGUGACGGUUACAAAGAAGAGAGUGGUGAGUGGAAAUCAUCAACAGCAGCCGUCCACGAGUACAGCGCAGGUAGAGAUCCGUAGAGAACCGAAGCAGGUUACAGUGACACCGAUCCCACCUCCGAGUCCCAAGACUACUGAAGUGACGCCUACCACAUCCGUAUCUAUGGAGAAAGUGGAACCAAGCGAAAGUGAAGUGUCACAGAUAACAGCCCCAGCGUUAUCCAGCACGGACACCGAGUCACCUGCCGUGGAUAGGACUGAUGAGUUUUGAUGUGGUGAACAAAGACUACCUUAUUGGAUCGUAAUUUGGUAUGGCCUAUUUUUCCAUUCGAGAAUCAUUUAUAUAAUCUCCACCAAGCACUUUUAUUGUAAUAGAUAUAAAUUGUGAAGGUAAUUUUACAUUUAAGUCCAGUCCUAGAGAUAUGCUUUUACUAAAAUAAUGUUUUGAAACAGUUUUAAGUAAUGACUUAAAACAGUGAACAAUGUUUUGGUGUUUAAGUCAUUAAGUGAAAACGUGUUUACAUUUUAGUUUAAGUUAAAAUUGUUACAAGUAAAUAAGCCACACAGUGUUUCUUUAUGGUUUGAGAUAAUCCAUACCAGAUGUCAUUAGACAAGAAAAUCAAAUGCUCAUGAAAUAUCUACUUAAAAGUUCUCUAACAAUUACUAAUUGGAUUGUACUGUAUAAUAAAUAUGUUCGAUUGUCAAAAAAUGGUUGUCAGCAUUUAGUUUCAGGCAUUUUCCUUAAUUUUUUAACCCCUUAAAGGUUUUUUGCCAACUUAAUAUAACACAUAAUUUUGGCAUUAGAAAGGUUGAUGCGCUUAACCAUUAUGAUUAAUCCAUUAACCAUUAAUGUUAAUUUGUUCUCUGCCUGAUGAUAAAACUUAAAUUAAAUACAAUCAAUUCCUAGAUUAUAUUUUGACAAUCUGCACUCAUUUUUCCAUAGUUACAUACUAAAUUUUAAUAAUUUUUAAAAUUUGUACUCUAGAUUAUAAAAAAUUUACAUCUUAAUUAACCGUCUUUCUAUUAAGAAGAAAGAAAGAAGGUUGAAUUAACAAUUAUGACAUACAAAAAAAUAUUGCAAGUUCAAAAUAAAUCAUUUAUUCAGUUAAAGUUAACUUUCGGGGCCCUGGGCUAACUUAUACCUUGUUUUAAAAUUCUCAGGCACUUAACAUAGAUAUUUUGUAGUCUAUUGUUGAUUUUACAUGGAAUUAAUAGUUAGGAUUACUAAUGUUAGCAUGUUUUGAACUAUUAUAUUUUUGCUAGAAUUCUGUGAUGAAUGCAUUAAUCCUUUUAAACUACUGGCUAUGCCUUCUUAAUAUUACAAAUUUUCUUGAUCUAGAUAUAUGUUUAAACUGAACAAUAAUAAAACAUAAACCUCAUAAACACAGAUUAUUUUGUAAACAUUGUAUAAAAAUAAUUAUAGUUAUCUCCGCUUAAUCCACAUACCUGUAAAACUAACUAAAGUCAAGUUACAUAAACAUGAUUGGCAAAAUAGUCAAAUAUAUUUUCCGAUAGACCAAAUUCAAAACAGUUGUAAUAUUCUAUUUUCAGUUAUGAGAUAUAUUUAUUCUAUAAUAUUAAUAAUGAAUAACUUGUUUCAUGCCAUUAAAGUUAGUAGCCUUUACAGAUAUAUAAUGAUUGCAUAAACAUGCUUACAAAAUAAUAAACAGCAGUGUAACAUGUCAACAAGUUUAUACUUAAAUAACUGAAUGACAAAACAAGUUUCGUUGUUAAAAAUUUAAUCAUCUGUUAAGGGGUUAAAAAAUGGAAAAUUUGAACUUUAUGCUGAACAUGGCCUGUUGUUAAUAUUUUUAGUUACAGACAAGACUAACAUGAUAAGGAAAUCUUGGCUCCUAUUUUAAACUCAAUUCCAAGGUACAACAGUAUUAUAUUAAUAUGUAAUUGUAAAUUGUCAAAGUUACUUAACCUUUAGUUCUUUUUUAUCCAACAAGGAUUGAAUACAUUUUAAAAGUCUAUAAUUAACUGUUGUGGUAAUUUGUCACAAAUUUGCAGUUAUUUAGAGAAAAAAAUCAUAAAAUUAUAAUCUCUAAAAUGCUAGGAUUGCUAUAUUAUGUGCUGAUUCAGAACAUUCAAAAUAUUUGAUUGUAAAACUAACAUGAGGGAUCAUUAUGAAUUUGUUCACAAAUUAACAACUUUAAAAUGGAACCGUAAGCAUCCAAUAACAAUUUUUUAAUUUUGUAUUUAAAACACUCACCAAGUUUAUAUAUUUGUCUACUCCGAGUAUAUAAAAACAUACUUAUAACUAGAUUUAAUUAUGUUUAUCUGAGCUAUUUUAAAAGUACAAUCAAUUUAAUAAAUUACUAGUAAUUGGUGUUAUUACUGUAAUUGUCUUGUAUUGUGUAAAAUUAAUAGGAAUUAGAUUAAUUUAAUGAAAUUGUUAUUUGUACGUUUAAACAAAAAUAACAUAACAAGUUCAUAUUGCAAGAGUUUUAUAAGGGAGAAGAUUCUGAACUUCAAGAAAUGAUGACAGUUAAUAAUCAUUUAUGUUAGUUCAAAGUAAUCAAUAAUCCUUAUUAAUCACCAAAAAAAAUAAUAGACAUGGAGGAUUCUUGCAUAGAACAAUAAAAAUUGAAAAGUGGUGAAAAUCUACAUAAGAAGGGUGAAGUUUUUUAAAUAAAUUUUUAUUACUGGUAAUAAAAUAAAAGUUCAGUAAAUUAACAUGAAUUCAUUCAAAUUACGGCACAUACAUGACAUAAAUGUUUAAUAUUCUAAAAGUCACAGAUAAAAUUAUUUUUAUAUAUGCUUUAUCAUUAAAGUACUUGAAUACAAUAAUUAUUCGGUGUUAUAAAAAUGUCUACAUUUUGAUAUCUCAAAAUUAAUCUAAAUAAAAAUAUGAAAUUUAAGGUAUGCCAAUAUUUUUGGUCAUAAAAAUUAAUAAAUUAAUUUAUCAUUUUAUAAAUUUAAAAAUUGUAUUUUUAUUUUUUCAACAAAUGAAUUGGCUCCUUCAUAAACAAUUUACUAUACUGUAAAACUUUGCUAAUCCUGUAUAUCUAACCUAUAUCAGAAAUAUGAUAAAUUCAGUAUGGUGAUUUUUACUUUAACAAAUUAAAAGAAUACAUUUUUUUACAUUUAGUAAUUUUUGUGUUGAACUGGUUUCUGUGAAGGAAGUAAACUAUGUAUGGUGUCCAACACUGCUUAAUCAUGUAUUAGUUAAUACAUUUGUACACAGCUCAGAGUGUUUUGGCCUAUAGAUGAUACACAAUGAAUUGGUUCAAUAGUUCAGUGUUACUUACAAAUGUGGUCUAAUUAAUAAUAAUAAUUAUUCUCAGUUUUCAUAAUUUUUGAUAGCUAUGUCUGUUGACUCAAAUUAAUUCUUCAACAGUCUAAACUCAAUGGUUUCUAUGAAGUUGCUCACAUAAAAUAACAGAAAUUAUAGAGUCCGGUUACAACGUUUACAUUGAACCAGUGUACCUCUUGUAGCAUUGAAGGCUUUUAAAAGUAUUAAUAUUAAAAAAGUAUAAAGUAUAAUAUUAAUUUCCCACCUCUAUUUUCGUUUUAAACUUAAUAAUUAGUACAACUUUUUAAUUUAUGUAAUAGGUUCAUACAAAAUGUAACUGUGAAGUUUUUAUCGGUUUUAAUUAAUCCAUCACAAUUACAUUUUGAACUAGUUUUAAAAUCGGUCCAAGACAACUAAUUUUAAUGUGUUCUUAUUUGUGGUUAUUUGUGGACUUAAUGUAUAAAUUUCCUUGUGUAAUGCACAAGCCAUCCAUAAAAUUAAAUGGGAGAGGAAGUUCUCACAGAUGUUUUAAAAGCAGACGUGUUAUAAUUGAUAUUUUUGGGAUCCAUGUAAUAAUAGUGAAUUUAUUUUUAAUGACUUUUGUAUAAUAUUCUAGUGUAGUAAUUUUGUUUAUAUCUAUUUUUAAUGUAAUUGUUAUGAUUGGCGAUGUCUAUGUUGGUAAGUGAAUUUGUGUUGUGUAUUAUAAUCAUUCUCUACGGUUGAGCUUUUAUGUUGUGAGAAAAGAGUUUAUAUUUAUUGAUUUUGUUCCUGAGAUAUGUACAGAUAAAUAUUUUUAAUUUCUACAUAUUGUAAAUAGAGUUAACUUUUUCGUACUAUAAUCGAUCUUUGUUAUAUCUAAUUUUAGUUAAAAAAUAAUUAGAGUAGAGUACUUAUGUAGUGUCGUUUUGACACGUAAAUCGAAAAUGUGCAUUUUAUUUUUUAGUAUUGUAGUUGUAUAAGUCCAUAUACACUCCAAAUAUGACAGUAAUUUUGGUGAUAAGUUGUAAAACUUGUAUGAAGUAAAAACAAUUGCCCUUGUAAGUAUAACUAAAAAUUUAAACUUUUUUGCAGAAUGGAAGAAACAUAUAUAUAGUUUACUCUGAACACUUUAUAAACUAAACAAAAUACAAGUAGUGUUAAGUAAUCAAGCAUUUCAGUGACUUUAAUUCAUCUACAACGUUGGCUCCAUCUAUUUUCUCUUCCAUUUAUCAUUAUCUUUUUUAUUCACCUCAAUGAGGGAAAGUCCAUAAAAUCUUGAGUGUGACUUGUAAUUAAAAAUUUGAUUCAAAACAUCAAAAUCAUAUUGUUCCUCAAUAUACUGAUUUAUGAUUUCUAGAUUAAAAGGAACUCAUUAUUGAUUUUUUUGCAUUACAAUUACAUUAGUACAUUUUAUUUUUUGUAAACAAUUACAUUUGUUACUUUUUAUUUCAAGACAUAUUUAGUAUUUUUCAAGUUAAAAUUAAAAAAUACAGUUUUACAUUUAUUAAUUACCUUUAAGUAAACAAAUAUUUUACAGCUGUGUUGCCAUUCUUUAAAGAAACAUCUGUAACAUACUUAAUAUUUAUUAGUUUUCUAAUUUGAGGCAUGCUUUAUUUACAACUUAUAUUUAUUUAAGUAUACAUUUAUUUCUACAAAAUACUUUUUGUGGAAUGUGAUGAUUGAUUAAAUAACAUUUUAAUUAAAAUUAUGACAUGUUUGGUUUAAAUUUUGCACCAGAAUACUCCUCUUAUGGAAGAUGAGUAAUAUGGUCUUCAGUAUGAGCACAAACUUGCUGCCAGAUCUGAGGCAAUGGUCUGAUACAUUAUGCUACUUGUUAUUGUUUACACCUUGUUUGUAUUAAUUUGGAUAUUGAUACAGCUAACUAUGCAUUCAUUCAUAGGAUAAUGUAUUUAUGAAAAUGGCCACCAUUCAAAUCUUUAUUAUUGAUAUACAUAAAUGUGUUGUAUAUUGUUCUAAUAACAAUAAUACUACUGAAUUACAGUGCAAUGUUUAAACAAUUUCAAUAACUGUUAUAAAUAAAAGUAUUGUACUGUAAUAAUUUAAGAGUUUUAUAUAAUGGUAACAUUAAAUCUGUCUGUGGAAUGUGUUUACAUAAGUAAAAAAUUCUGUAAUCGGUUUAGUACAGCAUCUAUCAUCCUUGCAGUAAAAUGUAACAACAAAUUCUAUAUAAAGAAACUUGCACUUUUAAGUUAUACAAGUUUAGUAUGUUAUUGAACUGAUUUCAGAUAUCAAGUUUAAGUAAGUGUUAAUAUGUCAUCUUGAUUGAAAACAAUAAGCAACAUUCCUUCUGACAUAAUCUUUGAAUACACUUUUAAUAUCAUAACACAAGACAAGUGGUUUAAAAUUUUAAACUAUUUUUUUGCAAGAAAGUUUCCUUAUAAAAUGUAAGCAUCAAAAGCUCUUUAAAUACAUAACUCUAUGAUACAGGAGGUAUGAAUCAGCGGUCUGUAUAGUAUAGCUUUACCAAUAUAGCCAAUAUUGUAUAUGUAUGACCUCAUUAGAGUCAUAGAAUACAAUAUGUAUUGUAUAAAUAAAGCUUGAUAUUUAAAUGUUUUAAUAACGAAUGUAACACAGAUGAUUGAACGUAAUACAUUACCAUAUCUAAUGCUAAUGGACAUUGAUAGUCAAUGUGUUUGAUAAAAAGCCUUUUUUUUAAACUAAUCAAAUUUAUCCAGUUCAUUUUCAGUGCAAUACUUUACUUUAAUUUCUUACAUUAUAAUCAUACCCACACAAUGAAUAAAACAGUAACUAAAUGUGGAGAUUGGUUAUCAGAUAUCAGUAAAAUAAUUUGCAAAACAGCUGCACCAGCUGGAUGCAGCUGUACUAUAUAGAGGCAGUACAAGAGAAAAUUUAGGUAUACUAGAUAGACAGUUCACACUAGCUACUGGGUUGGUUAUAAACAACCAGAGUUUUUCCCUUCCAAAAGAAAUAACGGAUGACGUCGCAUAUUUUGCACUGGGUGGGAGAUUGGAUUGACAUUUUUCACUAAACAUACUGGUGUAUCAACAGUUCUCAAACUGACCUCAAUCUGGUCUCGUUGGAGAGGGGAGCAAAACGGUAGUGUAGCCAUCAUGUCAUUGCACUGGGUGGGAGAUUGGAUUGACAUUUUUCACUAAACAUACUGGUGUAUCAACAGUUCUCAAACUGACCUCAAUCUGGUCUCGUUGGAGAGGGGAGCAAAACGGUAAUGUAGCCAUCAUGUCAUUGCACUGGGUGGGAGAUUGGAUUGACAUUUUUCACUAAACAUACUGGUGUAUCAACAGUUCUCAAACUGACCUCAAUCUGGUCUCGUUGGAGAGGGGAGCAAAACGGUAGUGUAGCCAUCAUGUCAUUGCACUGGGUGGGAGAUUGGAUUGACAUUUUUCACUAAACAUACUGGUGUAUCAACAGUUCUCAAACUGACCUCAAUCUGGUCUCGUUGGAGAGGGGAGCAAAACGGUAGUGUAGCCAUCAUGUCAUUGCACUGGGUGGGAGAUUGGAUUGACAUUUUUCACUAAACAUACUGGUGUAUCAACAGUUCUCAAACUGACCUCAAUCUGGUCUCGUUGGAGAGGGGAGCAAAACGGUAAUGUAGCCAUCAUGUCAAAAAAAAGCCUUCCAGCUGUGAGAGUUUCAGUACACUUACUUUCUGGAUAUGCCUCGUACUAUUACAAGUCAUGUCAUUGAUUCCACUCGUCAUUCUUCGUACUGAGGGUCAUUCAUAAUAUGAUUAGCACUAAAAUGGUUAACAUUUAUUUGAUCAAAACCUUGUUUCUAUAUUUUUCAAAUCGUUUCGUUGUAUAUUAUCUUCAAGGGUGAAUAUACAUUUAACUAUCCAUUCUAACAAAACUUUCUACAUUAUUGUUAUUAGUACAGUGUAAUUGUUUUUGCUUUGAAUAAACAAUAAUAAACGAUUAUUCAAUCGCAUAGUAAAUUAUAAUAAUAUAAUUAAUUGGCAGUUAUUAGUAUUAUUAAUUGGUGUAGAAACUUAAAUACAAAUCUAACUACUUACUUGAGAUAUUUUUAUGACACAUUAAAUUAUCUAUGCAAAGCUCGAUGUCAUUAACAUUCUACGUAAUAGACACGUAAUUACCUACCAUAUUGUACAAAAUUCGAAUAAACUGCCUUGUUAUUUAUUCAAUUAUACUUCCAAUGGGCAGAUAUUCACUUACUUUUUUAUGUUUUGAUUAAAACACAGUUUUUUAAAGCAUACUAGUGGUUGAAUAAGAAUGUGGAAAUAGUUUUGUUUUCCCAGAAAUUUUUGGAAAUGCUUUAAGUGCUACAUAAAUAAUACUCAUAAUUUUUUAAGAACAGUGUUUUAUCUCUUGUCAAAAUAGACUUAUAAAGCUUGUUCAGCAAUAAACGAAAUUUUAUUUUUAUUGUUCCAAACUUAAGUUUAAGACAACAAUUGAUAUUUUUGAUCUACUUACGGUAAAUAUUAAAUUAGUUAUAGUGUGAGGUAAGAUCAGUAAGUUUAGUCUUACAGUGUUAUUUUACUUAGUGCUAGUGAAAGAAGCAAAGUAAAUAAUUAUUGACAGUGCACUUUAUCAUGUAUUUUUUUAAAUAUGUAAACAAAUAAUUUUAUUCAUUCAGUAUAAUGCAACACUUAAAUAUUUUUUAUAGCACUAUAAAACAUUAGAGUGAGCAUGGAUCAAGGUAAGCUUUCCAGGACCAAUACUUAACACAUGAGUUUUGCUUUAUCAAUUCUUUCAAGCAUGGAAUUAAAAUUUCUAAGAUUUUUCUUUCAGAUUAUAAAUCACGAAGAAUAUAAACAAUACCAAAAACCCAGAAUGUAGAAAACUAUUUUUAGUUUUUGGCCAAAUAUUUAACAGUAUUAUUGUGUUCUGUAUUUAUAAAUGGGUUCUAAUGUUUGUUUUAAUCACUUAACUUGUGUUAUAUGAAUAAAUUUCAUAAAAUGGGUAUAUAUUUUUAUUAAAUAAAAGUUAUUAAGUCUUGGUUUUUGUGUUCAGCUCGCUUUACAAAAUUAGUAUAAGUAUUAAUUUAUUAAAAUAUUUUUGAUAGGUAAAACUAUAUAAAAGCAUGAAUUAAAGGUACAUUAAAUAUAAUAUUUAUGCUUUAUUUUUCUAAGUAGGUAACGCUUUAAUUACACUUUAAAAGUUGAGUUACUUCACUGUUUUAUGUUUGUAAACUUAUGGCUUUUCUUGAAUGCAGCUUGUUGUUUGGAGUGUAUGUGUAUAAAAUUUGAGUUCUAUGAAUUUAUUGUCUUAUGAUGUUUAUAAAACAUAUAAUCUUAUUUUUUAAUUAAGUGUACAAACAAUGUUUCAAAAUUCCAUGAAAGUAACAUCUUUGUUUUAGACGUAAAAUUUUGUAUUUAUUUUAUUGUAGGGACAUGUGAACUCUACGUUAUACGUUAAUAUAUUAAUGUGGAUAUUUAUGAUACACUGAGUAUAAAUAGAUGUCAAUUCUGUGAUUAAACCAGUCACAGUGUUACAUUGUCUUGGUGCAAAUUAAAAUAGGACUCUGAAAUA